CGGGAAAAAAAAACCUCUGUUUCAGGCCGAAUCUUCUCACCGGAAAUGUUGCGUCAGCUUCCGCCAACAUUAACGGCGGACCAAACGCCGGACUGGCUUCCCGUAGGUUGGAUUGCUCAUUCUACGGUUCUGAAACGCGGUCGCCAAACUAGGACUUACACGCAUUUGAGAACGGGUAAGAAGCUCUAUACAAAGGAUCAAGUUCUUGAGUACAUUAUAAUGGAUAAAAUACGAGAGAAAAGACAAUCCGGAAUCGAGCGAAAGAAAGCAAAUCUAAAAGCCUUACAAGAUCAAGAGAUCGCAAGAGAAAGGCCUUCAUGGCCUCCGGAUAAUUGGAAAGCAGACCUGAGGACUGGUUCUUAUGUUGGAAAUCCAUAUACGAUACAUGAGAACAUGUCAACUAGUUUCAAACCCCAUUCAAAGGAAGAAGUACCUCACUAUCAGAAGAACACUAUGGAAUCUGAAGCUUCCUCAGAGGAAACCGGGAUCAAUUACAUUACAUAUGAUACGGAUGAAGAAGAUUACUCAGAGAAUGAAUAUAACGAGGACAGAUGUUCCAGAGAGAAUGUGGAGAAUCUCUCUAACAUGACUACCUCUACUCCUCUACGGUUACUGCCUGAAAGAUUGCAGAAAUUGGAGUCCCGAGCAAUAACACAAUGUCUACUUGAAGAUGAGGAUAUGAGUAGUGACAAUGAAGAAAAACAUCUAGACGUUGAGACCUCGAAAGAAGAAAAUGCUUUCGAAGAGACUCAGGUUGUAUCUCACUUAGUCGAGUCUUUUGAAGAGGAAAGCUUGCAUGACGUUGUGGUUGAGUCUGUCGAGAAAACGAGGGAGAUCCCAGGUUGGACUGGAUCAUUUAGUAUUGAAAUCAACCUGGAGUGCGAAGAUAGUUUUUUAGAGAAGGAUUGGAAUGAAAGUAGGACUGAAAAAAUAGGAACAAGAAACAUUGAGAUCAGAGACCAACAAAGUGACUUGAUGCACGUAAGUGCCUCAUCAAAGGUUGUUGAAGUGACUCAGGAGUCAGGAGACAAGACUGAAGAGCCUCUUAAAGCUCAAGCUACGCAGGAAGAAACUGCUGAUGAUUCGAGAACAUCGGUCUUCUUUCCAUAUAGAGAAGCCCCUUCACAUUCUGUACUUGUCUUUGACAAUUCCAAUGCUAGAUCAUCUGCAGAUGAUCUCAACAACGGCAUUGAGCUUGGUUUGAACCCCUGCGCUGAUAUCCCGCAAGAAAAGAACACAAGUGGCUCUAAAAAGCGGAAGAAGAGCCCAAAACCAUGUUCGUCUAAGAACGUCAAGAAGAAAGACAGUAAAGCACAAACUGAUAAAGGCCGGAAAGGCAAAAGAACACAAGGAGAAAAGGGAAGUUGGAGUGUAAAGAUGGAGAAGAAACUUGUUGAUUGGCCUGAACCGUGCCCAAACUUCCCAUUUGAACCUAUCACAAGUUCAUUUCCCAUUGAGGAUGACUCGGUGAUCCGCAGGUACAUUGAGCAACACUUUACAGCUGCAGGUAGUCCUGAUAGCAACCUACCUUUACCCGAUUUUGGAUUGCCUAGCUUCUCCAACAUCAAGAUUUCACUGAAUGAAGAACCUGAAUCCAAGAAAAAGAAGUCUCCUGAUCCUCCAUGCGUACAGGUCGCAAGUUCAAGCUUGCCUAGUUGCAGGUCCAUGAGUGCUACUAUGCAACAGCCAGUUGCAGGAAACUAGCGAGGCAUCGUGGCUUCACAAGCUCUAUAGUUUAAGCUGUACAAAGACCUUUUUGUAAGCAGAAUUAGUAUGUGUAUAUGUAUGUACCUAAUAACUGUAACUUAUGAUCAUAAACGACUCUAACAGUUAUGUUGUAUCUUCAGUCUUUAUGUAUAUGGUAUGUAUAUUGCUCUUUUGCUUAGACAAGACCUCGUUUAACUCUUGUAUGUAAAGAUUAUUGUGCUUUUCCAAAAAUAAU